UCUGUUACCUGCUCUGCUCAGCUCUCACAGUGUCUGCAAAUGAUUCCGUUCUCAUUCAACAUGUGAUUUUUGUUUUUAUGCGUGGAGUCACUAUCAUGACAGCAUUUGAUGCAGAUGGGCUGCCCGACGUGGUACUUCUGCAGAUAUUCAGGCUCUUGAAGUUCUCUGAUCUAUGCAAAGUUGGGAGGGUUUGCCGCCGUUGGUAUGGUCUCUCACGGAGCCAGGCCCUGUGGACAUGUGUGGAUGCCAGUGCACCUGAAAUCAGCUCUGUGCAGAUGGACAGGCUGGCCUCGGUGUUAACAGACUCUGUUCGGUGGCUGUAUGUGUCGAGCUUCUUGCACUGCGGCCUUUUUCUGUCUCCGGGAGCUCUGCGGGACCUUCGAGCCCACUGCCCUUACUUGUCCACCCUUGUGAUCAAGAGUGCCCUUCUGACAACUCUUGACGACUUUGCCCCUGUCACUGUUGGGGACCUCCCACCCACUCUCAAGACCCUUUCACUUCGCCACUCAUUUUUCCAAGUGGACCAGUUCUUCUCACUUUUGGCCAUUCGCAACCUGAGCAUUCUCGACUUGAGCUUUUGUUGGUGUGUCUCGGACCAAGAUAUUCCUUUCGUCACACAACUCCCAAAUCUUCGUGAGCUCUACCUGGAAUAUUGCGAGGACAUCCGGGACACGGGUGUUGCAUUGGUUGUAAGCCGUGGCCAUAACUUGAAAACCUUGGCCCUUGAUGGUACUAAAAUCACAGAUGAGGCCAUCCGCACUAUUGCUGAGAAUGCACUUGCACUGGAAAGACUGUAUGUUGGCAGCACAGCUGUUACUGAUAUUGGUGUUUUGCACCUCUCUAAAGGAAAGUGCUUCUCAUUACAGGAACUUUGUCUCUUUAGCACAAGGGUUACCAUUCAGACAAUGAAGGUGCUGGUUGAUGUUUUCCCUCAGCUGCAAUGGCUGAACUUGGAGAACACACUCAUUGAUAUUGAAGAUAGUCCCCUGAUUGUCAAGCAUGUGCCACCCGGUUGCACUGUUCUUGUGGAUGGGGUACGCUUUCAUCUAGGGGUUGGCUGCAACCAUUCUGUGGACCGGUUGCGACUACAGGAUUGAAGCAGCAGCAUGUCUGCCAUGCAAACUUUUAUGUGUGCCUCGUGUGCUUGGGUGUCAUUGAGGAGACAAUGAAAAGGGCCAGAGUGGUAGUCGUGAUCAUGAUAAAUGGCUUGAAACGCUUUGCAUAUGGCUGAUGCAGGCACUGUAUAGCCGCCUCAUUUAGUCUUAUUUAGAGUAGUGGUACAUACGAUUGGUUUUGACUGGUUUCAACUGUACAAGUCAGCCAAAAGAUUCUCACUACAGAAAUUGGUUGAAGCAUUGUCGUGCUAGAGCAAAAGGUCCCUGAAAUUAUAUUUUUUAUUAUCAUGCAUUAAAAAUGAACGAUUAUCAACACAGAGCUCAUGUGUGCAACAAUCUCGCUGACCGAAAGUGGCCCCUUGUGUAGAGCACAAGACUUUAAAACCCUAUGUAAAAAAAGAAAAAGAAUGCUUGUACCUCUAGUAUAAUCAGAUGGAGUGGAGUGUUAUUGUAGUGCAUUUUCUGAUCACAAUAGAAGUCCUGCUGCUGUCUUCAAGGAAAAAAACACUGCUGUCGCUUCGAAGCAAUCUCUCUACUGAAAUAGCAUGGACGUGUACUUGAGUUACUUGAGCUGUGUAGUGUGAACCUUCAAUUUUGUUGCAACACAAGGUAAAGGCACUUGGUUUUCAGUGAUUUAAUAUUUUAUCUGUCAUACACAUGUGAAAGCAACAUGGCGACAUUGUUGCAAGGUCCCAUAAUAAAUACAUCAAAUCCAGGUGUUUUUUUUUUUAUAAUUAUUGCACUCUUUUUCAUUUAUGCUUGUAUAUCCUUACAGAUAUGUGCAUCUUCGCCAAAAAGUGUGAUUACCUCUAAGUGCAUUAUAUUGCUCACUUUUAUUGCUUUGGAAGGCUUUCAACCCGUGUCUGGGAAAUUGUGUUUCAGUCCAAUGCAGCUGUACUUAGUAGCUUAAAGGAGCACUGACAUAAAAUUUACUCAUGUCAAGAUUUUUGCGUAAAGUAGCUAUCGACCUCCUAGUAGCGAUUCACGACCUUAAACGCAUCUGAGGGAUGAAUGAGUAUCUGUAAUAUUGAUUAUUAUAUUCGCUAUCGAACGCGGUUCAAAAUGGGUGGAAAGCCCGCCAAAUUUUAGUGCUGGCAGCGCUACCUCGCGGCCACGUCGAGGCCGCUGCACAGCUGAUGCCGCUUUCACAAAAAAUGGUGACGUCACACUGGCGUUUCGUCUGCUAGGCGCGCAAGUACAGUCAGUUCAGCUGUGUCUCUGAAGGCGUAGACAUGCCUCUGUCGCCAACAUCGUCGUCCUCGUCGUCGUCGCGGUGAUGGCAACAUCGGCAAGUGAUGAUGACAGCGACCUGUAAUUGAGUAUCACCGCGAUUCGCGACGAUCCUUGCUUGACAAGCUGCGCGUUUAAUGCAAUGUAUUCAUCAGUCCCGGCUGUGCUGUCAUAGCUCAGGAACACCAACUACUCACCUCAUGUCGCGGGCGUUUGGCCAGUGAAUAGCUGCUUUCAGCUGCAGCAGGGCACACGGUAGGAAUAGCCCCGGCCUCGAGAAGAGGCCUCGUACUGUGAGUGAAACCAAACUGGUUUGCCAACGCAGGAUUUACCCUGUAGCAGCUCGCCGCAAAGUGAAGGGAGCAAAUGCGGCUGUUCUUCACAGGCGUCCAGUCCCUCUGUCCAACGGCGCGUAUGAAAUCAACCCACUGGCUGCGUUGAGGUUCGUGGCUUGAAAAGGCAUGAAAUGCCACGCACUUUCUGUUUUUUUCGCGCCUCGACGUGCAGGUUCUCACUACACAGCAGUUCCCGGACAUUCUGGCACGUAUUGUCGCUCUUAAUGAUCGUACUCACACGCAGUGGAGCACAACAAAAAUCAGUUGAUGCCACACGAUGUAUUGCAUGCACGCUUAAACAUAGCAAGGUGAGCCACUAGUGAUAGGAUGUCUGAGAGUCGGCUCCAAACACACUCGGAGAUCGUCGACGUCAUCGUUACUAGGGUAUCGUCACCCAGGAUGGUAUUUGUGGAAUGUAUCACAACGAAAACGUAGCACUAGUGUCGAUGUCGCAGGGCAGUCUAUUUUUCGUUUUUUCUCCUUAGCUUUUCUACGCUGUUUGACGUCAAAAUAAAAUAUCUUCGACGCUACGGAUGCCAUUCAAAUUUGGCCAAGAAGACCUAUGCAUACCAAGUGAUCGAAUGACGGGCACAUCUCGAUCUUGAAAUUUGAUGUCAGUGCUCCUUUAGCACCACAUACAUGGUUUUUGAGCACCAACUUGAAACAUUUAGUGUGUGAUUGCUCGGAGUAUGAAAGAGCCACUGUGUUUAUUACAUCGAAAUGUCUACUUAAGAUAGCAGUGUCGCUGAGGUGACAUUCUUACUGGUUACAUGAGUGUGUGCAGGCCACAGCCACUGACAUACAGAGAAUGUAAAUUGUUCUUUUCGGAGUAUUUUAUGGAUUUUCCUACCUCUGCAUGUUGUUGCCUUGCUUUUAUUUAUUCUUAAUUGUGUUCACAUAUUAGUUGGCGAAUCCAUAGCUUUUUCUUUUCAUAUGCUUGAAAUGCAUUUAGUUUUUAGUAUCAAGUCACCAGUGCACAAGACCGGCAUAAGCUAAUAGCAACGAUUAGCAAAAAAUGCAGGAUUUUAUCCACCUUUAUUUUAUUUUUAUAUUAUCUUUGUCAUUACAUUUUUGUAAGCAACUUUUUGUGGUUGUAGCAUGUGCAAGCUUGACCUGCAAAAACUGUGCAUGUCCUGCCUCUUCUGUCUUUUUAAGUAUCAUGCUGAAUUAGAUUUUACCGAGAUUGGAGAGGGAGUGGUGUCAAUGCUACAGCAUUGUUUAUACAAGUACCAUUGCAUUGUUAUGUGUAUAUUUAUGCAUUUUGUGCUCUGUAUGUGCAGUUCAGUAUUGCAUCUUAUUACAUCUGGAAGGAACUUCACAAGUACCUGGCUGGCCAGCACUUUGAGUGUCCUUCUGGAGCCCGUCUUUGCAAUUGGCUUUCUGCAUGUCAAGCCACUGGUAAAAAUUUGUGUUGAUGAAAAUUUGUAGUAAUUUAUUUUAGUUUUUAUUUAUUUUUUAUACAACAGCUCUGUAGGCAUUUUUUUUCUGCCACCUAUAGUACAGUUGGUAGCUUCAAAGUUAAGCCAUUUAUAUGUUCCGAUUAUAUUGUAGCUUCUCUUUGCAGUGUUGAGAAUGGCAUUGUUAUGUUGUUUUGAGUAAAAAAAAUGGACAUUUAGAUUUUGCUUAUUUAUACUUCUCAUUACACAAGGCCCGAUUGGAGUAGGCUAUCUUCUCGUGUGGGAAGAAUAGUCUCACAGGUUUUUCUUAGGACUAAGAUUUGUAGUAAAGGCUGUGUACAGGACAUCCUAAUUGCUUUUUUAUGCAGCUAUUGUUAUAGCAGCGUUUGCUGCCAAAGUCAUGUUUUGAACCUGUGUGUUUGUGUCCAUGUGGGAAGCUGACCUGUUCACAUCCAAGAAUUUAUGUGUUCAUCCAUUUGAGAAGCUAUGUCUAUUUAUUAAUUAUUCACUACUUCCCAACUUGUGGCGUGAAAUGGUUGAAUGAUCAGAGUUCAAGGAAUCGGAAGGGACGAUGCAGUAUGAAAUAUUGUAGUGAGAAGAAAGUGAAGUUAGACACAGGGUGGAAGUAGAUGGAAAGCUAACAUGAUUGUAUUUUCAUUUCUGCUUUACCUGGCAUUGGAGGCCACCUUGUCGCCAUUUAUUUUCAUAGUCAAGUGGUUCAUUUUGCUGUAUUCUCAGCAAAUUUCCCUUGAAAAAGUCAUUUAAAUCUAUCCCUUGAGCAAAACCAGAGCCUUGUGUCCUGUAUGGUCUUCCACUGUUCAGCCAAGGACUUCUCAAUGACUGCACCAUGUUUGGAGGGUGCUGUUUUUUGGCUGCGUUUAUGCUUUGUUCAAGGUGUCUGCUGCUAAAUGCCGAGGGGCGAUGUCUUUACCAAAGUCUAGGCAGACUGCCUGCCUUAAUGUAGUUGUUAGCCUCAGCCAGGGUGCACUGCACACUUCAAGCAGUAGUUUUUUUUUAAACAGUUAGAAAUAUGCAGUUUUUCAUGACACCAUUGGCCAUAAAUGCAUCAGCCACUCUUUUUGCAAGCACAUUGUGCAAGAUACUAUAGUACUUUUUGAAAGUUCAUAGUACAAUAUACAGUCUGUCGUCACUUACUGCUUACUGCAGGUCAAUAUAUGCACAUAUGUUGACAUCCCUUCUUGUGUGGUUCCUGGAUUCUGUGUUGUACAGGGUAAAUCUAGCUCAUGCAGUUUAGUGUUGAGUGUGUUACUUUUAUGCUUUUUGAGCACUGUAUAUAACACUAGGCAAGAGGUUUUUCAUCGUUGUGGGUUUUAAACUAUGAUUUUGGUGAGGAGGACAAGCUUUAUUGGCACAGUCUGGAAAUUGAAGCUUGCGGCCAUUGCAGAAUAGCUUUGUAGUGAUGUCUUAAAUGUCACAGCUAAGUAUGCUUAAAAUCAAACUGUUCAGACUGCUUCCUCUUUGUAUAUCCAUGAUUGCUAGCUGCAUUUUAGUAUUGUCGGCAGGCUAACUUUUUUUAGGACGUACUGCAGAAAAAUAUUUAAAAAUGUUGGUGCCAUUAUGAUUUUGUUUUUUUCUCUUAGUGCUUGUGCAGUGGCGUUCCCAACUUGUAGAAUUUAUAGCAGAAGUGUGUGGUUGCCACUGAAGAAACCUUUAUGGCUAAUGCCAUGGUAAUUUAAUAUUGGCAUGGAAACAUUCAAACAUAGAAAGCUAGUCUUUUAUUAAAGCUGUCUAAGUAUUGUUUUACCAUGGCAAUCGGUGGCUAUGGCGUUAUGACUGCUUAGCUCAAGGUCACGGGGGUGAACCCGGCCACAGUAGCCACAUUCUGAUCGGGGCAUAAUGCAAAAAAUGUUUGAUUAGUUAGAUUUAAGUGCAUUUUAAAGAACUCCAAGUGUUAAAAGCCAACCUAAGGUCUCCUGCUGUGGCACAGCUCAUAGUCGGGUCGUAGUAGACCCGGUCAGAACUACAGAAUUAAUUCUUAAAUCAUUGCACUUGGUAAGAGUAAGGUACAUAGGAAGCAUAUUUUGCUACAGCAAAUCACAAUUCAAGUUGCAAAUUUAAGUGUUCUACUUCUUUUUUUGUGGCAUACAAGCAGUUUUCAUGGGACUUCAUUCUGUCUUCAUUAAGUGUUCUACUUCUUUUUUUGUGGCAUACAAGCAGUUGCCAUGGGACUUCAUUCUGUGUUUACACACUUUUCAUGAGAAAAGGUCUCAUACAGUUCUUUUCUGGGAGAUGAGAGCACAGUUUUUUUUUUCAUGAGGUUCACUGAAUUGUAAAUUGCACAUUGGGCAAUCAAUACCAAUAUUUCUUUUUCUUGUUAACAUUAUGAUAUAUUUGUGUAAUAUAACCUGCUUUUCUAUCAAGCUAAAAUUAUACUCUUGGAAUAAUCUCGACUAACGUGCUACAGAAGACUAAUUUAUAGUGCAUGUAUGUUGGUUGACAUAGAUGCCAUUUCGAAUAUUUGUUCAUGAGCAACAAGAGACGACCAUAUGUAGUGUGAUAUAUUAGUUAUUAAAAUUAGCGCUUAUUUAAGCUUCUUUAAUACAGCCUCACUGAAAAGAAAAGUUUAGCUUUGAGCGUACUUGUGAAGCCGACAGGUGAAAAAAUUGAUCUUGGGUAAUCACCUUGACAGGCAUCCAGGAUCUGUGAUACAUACGGAAGUUCUAGUGAGAGGGUAAGCUUAUUGCUAUAGGGGUAAAAAUUAACCUGUCCUUAUUUUUAUUACUGGUCAGUGUUACGUGUUAGUCCAUAGUUACAAUAAAAAAAAAAUAAAUGGAUAAAGCUUUCCUCAAGAAAGAUUGAUAUGGUGGUUUGUAUGCUUGGUCUAUGCAUUUCCAACCAUUCAAAAGCCAAUUAUGCAAUCGUGUGCCUUUCAACAAUCUGCCGAAGGCAUGGGGAGUGUUGACAAAGGAAAUAAUGCUGCUGGAAGUGCCCUAGCAAAGAGUGUUUGUAAAGAUGCAUUUGUAAUGGCAUAGUACGGUAAAAUUUUAAAAGUUUGAAUGUGUAGCUUAUGUGGCAAGAAUGAAAUAGUGCUGAAACUAGUGUUUCUGCCAUUUCUGUUAAUCUUUGCAUCAACUGCUCUGCAUGUUUUUUUUUCUGUGUGUGCAUUGUUUACAAUGACCUGCCGAGUUUUUGUUUCAUUGUGCGGGAUGUGUGCAUAAACUGUGUAUGUGCAUGUUGAUCCAUGCAUCUUGAAGAUACAUAUCGUGCUUUUAGUGUUAACAUUUUAAAGUGGUUACAGUGUUUGGAUAUAUUGACAGUCUGAUAUCUGUUGUGAACAUAGUUCUCGCUUGGUGCGAGCUCCAUACUGCAGAGUACAGCAAUGAGUGUGUCAGCAGUGUUUGGUAAAAAAAGAAUGUUCACUUUGGCUAAUUCUCUUGCUUUAAUGAAGUCUACAAGACCUAGAGGUGUUUUCUGUAAGAGCCCGUUAAGUGGACAGCCUGUUUCGGCGAACACUUAUUGGAUAGAGCUUGACAGGUGGCAGAGUGAUGUCACUCACAACCAAUGCUCCAGAGCCCCAUCUAAUCAACGUGUGGUGAAACGGACUGUCCUAUUGGUGGAAUCUUGCAGAAUACCAGCUCUGGAUUAGCUAGAGCAGGGAUCGGCAACCCACGGGCUGAAUGCGGCCCCCAGCACGGAAUCAUACCCCUUGCCUUUCCCUUGCAACUUUCCAUCUGAAGGCCGACGUGACAGUUUUGACCUAAGAUGGCAUUUUGGCUGAAACUAAACACGAUUUUUAAUGUAGUUUAAAAUUUAUAUCAAUUUGCCAAAUUUUUACGAUUUGCCUGCAAAUGCCCUACUUCGGCUGCGCCGGCUUCAUGCUACUGCCUGCUUAUUCCUGUGCUGGAAUAUUGAUGAACAGAACAGUGCUGGCUGUAGUUUUUUUCUUGUGCUGUUUGUGUUGGCCCUGCUUCAUUUAAACUUAUUGAAGAAGUUUUCAGUGGGGUUUUAGUGACCUGCACCAUCUUUAUAUUGCAUUACAAUGGCAUAUCGAUGAUAGGCAGCCGUACACAAAGACUAAGCCUUCUAAUGCCACUUCCGUUAAGUUCCUAUGAAAACGUUUGUGGUACUGUGAAUUAACUCUUGUAGGCACACAGAUUUUUUUAGUUUGGUGUCUAUGAAGUGGUUCAACUUGCAAUAAUUGAUGUCUGUUGUGGAACCACUCAGCCCUGUACAAGUUAUUUCUGUCUUUGUUGAAUCAAAUUCUUUUUGAAUUUCUGUGCUAGCUGACAUUGCUACAGUGCCAUCAGUUUAGUGCUUCUUCACUGUACAACUUAGCUGUGAUACAUGUAUAUAUGACACCUACAAUAAAUGUGGAUGCAGAUCAUAGUA